AUGGCAGAUUUCAAAAUAAUCACUUCAGACUUUGUGAAUGUUCAAAUAUCUACAUCGAAAGAUGAUAUAUCCUUGUUCAAUGAGAAGAGGUUCCCAAAGGAUAUUACAGUUUUGGAUCUGAAAGGAAAACUGGAAUUGAUGACAGGGGGUAGUUGUGCCACAAUGAGAAUCGAAGCAUACAACAAAGAUAAUCAACUCAUAUGCUCCUUGACAGAUGAUCAAGCUAUGUUGGGUUCUUAUCCAAUUGAGAGUGGAGUAAGACUACAUGUAGUUGAUAACUUUGCUUUACGUUCAGAAUUAGAUUUUGGAAAUGUGGAAAAAUAUGAAAUGCAUGAUGAUGAAUACGCAAAGAAGUCUGAUUCAGUGCGAUCAUUCCUUGUUAAAAAUAAAAUGGGUCAAUACAAUGAGGAAUUCCAAAGGAAAAAGGAAAAGCAAGAACAGGAGGAGCAGACUUUAGCUGAAGCCACUAGUGUAGGUGCAAGGUGUAAAGUUACUGUGAAAAAUGCAGCUACCAGAUUAGGAACAGUCAUGUACUCUGGACAAGUAGAAGGACUGGCUGGUUAUUGGAUAGGUGUUAAAUAUGAUGAACCUUUAGGCAAAAAUAAUGGCUCAUUUAAAGACAAAAGUUAUUUUGAAUGUGCUCAAAACUAUGGAGCUUUUGUUAAACCACAGAAUAUAUUAACUGGAGAUUUCCCUGAAGAAGAGUACGAUUUGAAUGAAGAAAUUUAAAUCAAUUGAAGAGAAAAAAACACAUUGAAAUUAUUUUUAUCCCAAGAUCUUUGCUAACUUUCUGGCUAACACAAAUUCACCAAACGCUGUUUGAAAUUUGUUUUGUAGGUAUAUGCACAUUAUGAUAAGCAACAUUAUGUUUAAUGUUUAUUACAAAAUGUAGAAAAUCCAACAAAUUUAACAGAUUUUGCCUCGAAAAUUAUU